CAAUGGUUGAUAGGAUGAAUUUUAAAUUAUGAUUUAAAAUACAUUUUAUGUCAUUUUUUGAGCUACAUUUUUUUAAAUGGGGCCCCGGCUUGGUCAGUUGCUUGGGGGGAAAACCCGACCCUGGGCAUUACAACACGAUUUUAAUUGAGAAUUGAUCAUUUAAAAACUAAAAUUAGACAAAGAAAUAGAAAAAAAAUGUCUUGCAAAAAGGGCAUUUAUCUAGUCAGAGGCCAACUGGCCAACUUGAGCACCACCUUGGGACUAUCUGUGCAUUGUUGUGUGUGCUCACAACAAGCAGUAACGAAUCCAAUCAGCGUGACUAAAACAUUAAAAUAGAAGUAGGGGGCGUGUCCGGUCUAGAGUGACCAACAAGGGAUCAGGGGGAGGGAUAUACCAACAGAGCCCAUCUUCCUCAUGACCUCCGGAAAACGAUGGACGUGCAGCUUCUUUCUAAAUUUAGACACUUAUUCGUCCCGAUGCACUAUGAGCUUCAAACUGCAGUUCUCAUUUGUGUCCAUAGUUUAGGCCCCAUUCCAUCGAAACGAAGUGGCAGACCCUUGUCGUAGCUCCGCAGGAUCCAUUGACAUUACGCAGGGCAGCACGAUCUGACAGCGGCGUGAUCAUCGCGCACCAUUUCAGUUACGGCACCUUUCACGUUUACUGAUUAUAGACGACUUUGUAGUGAGAAACAGGCGUAAUGGCGCAAGGUGAAAAUAAUAAUUUCCUAUCCAUCCCUUUGCAAGACAGUCUUUUCACCACAGUGAUGGUCGAGCGUUCAGGAGAAGAGAACAGCAUUUCCCUAUUGGGCGAUGAAGAUGAGGAAGAAACGGAGGAAGACGUCCGGUUUAUACCAAGGUCCUCUCCCGUGCCCAGAAAGCGAGGAACUUCAAUUGCCGAUGAAACCGCGGAAUACAUGCGAAUUCGUCUCGCGCUGCCCAGCAGAAGAGUGUCGUUUGUUGACAGCACUGGAGGUGAACUGGUUGAUAUCCGACUGUUUGUACCGUUUGAUUCGGAUGAAGAGGACGACUCAAGAUGGAAGGAAGAGGAGGCGCGUUACCGAAAGACUCACCGUGAGCCCACUUACCGUGUGUCGCCAGAGUUCCAGGCACUCGCGGAAACGGAGCUCGUGCAGUCCGUCCACAUAAACAAACUGGAGAUGGAGCGCGUGACAUCUGUGCCAGACGAGCCUCUGUCUUUCGAGGUUCUGAUCCGUGUGCUUAACAUUUCUUUUCAUAAAUCAGUCUAUGUCCGGGCCACAAUGGACGGAUGGAUCUCUCACUUUGAUUAUCCAGCCGAGUACGUCCAGGGCUCCAACGAUGGUGAAACUGAUCAAUUUUCAGUGAAGCUGUCUUUCGCUUCACCAUACCUAUUCAACGGAGCGAGAAUCGACUUCGUUGUGCGAUAUGAGACGUCAGACGGAGAGUUUUGGGCGAACAACUCUGGCAGGAAUUAUUCAGUAACUCUCAUACAGUCAUAUGAAGACGACACAGACCCGUCCACAAAGGUGGACAAUAUUGACCUGAGAGGUAUCCUGAAGCCUCCAAGGUACCGAACGGACAUUGAUUACGAUGACACUUAUGACAUAGAAGAUGCACACAUGAGCAGCACAGAUUAUGAAUCAACGGAGGAUCAGACCUCUUGUGCACAGCCAAUUAUUGUCCAGCCGGAGAUCGACAUUGAGACAGCUAUAAAUUUGUCCAAAUCUCCACAGUCCAUCAGGCAUUCCUCAACAGCAGGAUGUCAUCCAGCCACUACAGAUAUUCUCUAUGGAGAACCAAUUCCGCUUUCAUCCAAUAAUUCACCACAAGCAGAAGAGUCUGGAGCUACAGGCGAAGCCAUUCAGCAGUUACCACUACCCGACCCCCAAUCAUAUCCUAGUCAGCAGCUUUCUGAACCUCAAGAUAAAGUCUAUAAUGUUGUCCCUACUAUCCUUGUCCACCCCAAUGAUGAGAAAAUUGAGUAUGAUUUUGAGGAUUCUCUUAAGUCUAAACAAUUCUCUCAUCCACAUAAAGAUGAUUUCCAGUGUGAGAUUUCAUCUCAAGUGCAUUUUGAGUGCGACCAACCCUCAUUGGCUAGGUUUUCAGAUGCACCACACAUCCAGGAAGAAGGUAUAAACAUUCUAAAGGAGGAGAAAGUUGUGGAGGAAAUACAGUUAGAAUUAGAUGAGAUGGAGACAGACAUGCUGGAACAGCCAAGUCAGAAAAUCGAGGAUGAAAAGAAAUGGUCUCUCUUUCAGAUGUUGGAGGAAGCUGUGCAGCCUCAUUGCUCAAAGAACCUUUACAAUAAAAAUGCAACCGAUGACGUGGAACACCUUAAUCUCACCGCGGAUGCAGACAGUUUCUCUGAGGGCUUACAGCACCCUCUGGAGGAAGUAGAUGUUCUAUCCUUGGUCAGAGCCGAGACCACUGAGGCGGUUAAUGUUCUGCUCACAAUGCAAAGCACCAAGAUGGGUGGUGAGGAAAUGGCUGGUUUAGUGGCUUCCUGUCUUGCAGUCACCAGUUCAGGUCCCAUAAGACAGGAUAGAGAAACCCAAAACCAACCCACCUAUCCACUCACAGGCAAAUCUGAACAUGAGCUGACCACCACACAACAUCAGAAAAAGGAGGGAUUUGUCCUGGAGCAGAGUGAGCUGACCUUAGUUUUGCCUGGGGACCCAAACUAUGGUAAACAAGCCAUUACCAUGUCUACUACAGACCAGCAAACAACCCAAAAGGAAAAGUCAGGACUGGCCAGUGUUUCUGGAAUGAUAUCUACAACCACUGAUUUCACCUUCAAUCUUCAACCUUCAGCUGUUCACACCUCAACAGAAUAUAAUUUAACUUACGAUAAGUCUUUCCAGGGUGAUGAACUGUCUGCCGCUCCGUAUCAAACAUGUAAAGACUCAGAAACCCCCUUACCACUGCCAAGAGAAAGCACAAACAUAUGUGAAAUUUCAAAGGAUCAGACAGAAGUGACAAUGGACAAGUCUUUUAUUGCCUCUUUCACUUUCUUUAGUGCUGUUGUCUGCUUGUUUGCUGGGAUUCAAGAGCCCAGCAUUUUCCUGUUUGUUGGAUUAUUCUUAUUGUCCCUAUGUUUCUGAUUUCUGCUGUUUUCCAUAUAGUUUCUCUUUUCUCCUCCGUCCCUUUCUCGUAAAAAGCCAUAAGAAUUUAAGUUCUUCCUUUCUUCCUUGUGCCUUGAUGAAUUCCAACAAUUUAAUGUUAACAGAGCUGGUGUCAAAUUUGUGUAAUUACAUGCUUUUCCACCUUUGGGCUGAACGGUUCUCCUUGUGGAACCAAAUCAAAUCGGUUUCUUUUUCCACUGUGGUGCUGCAAAAUCAGGAUUAGAAUGGACUGACUGGGCAAGUAACCAAAUGGGAGUCGCCAUGUCAGUACAUACAUUCCAACAGAACAGUUAACCGUUAUGAAUACGGUUAGAAAUGCUAAGAAAUUCUAGCCUGGGAUGGUUUGCAAUCAGUGGCGUCUCAGGCCCUUUAUUUCUAGUAGGGCACAAACAAUCACUUAACCCAACAUGUCGUAGGUUGCGUUAACCGAAAAUCAUAUAAUUUACAGAUUUUUGAAGCAUUUACAGAUAAUUCCAAAUGCUGUCCAUAAUUUUGACAGAUAAAAAAGAAACAAGAACCUAGUGCAUCAGUUUUGUCUUAAAUCUUUCUCACACACACACACACACACACACACACACACACUCCCGCUGUCUGUGUGCCCUGUUUAUUCCGAUAUUAAGAUGCAUGUUAACACAUUAUCACCAUUUACACCUGGAAAUAUAUGUCUCUUUUGACCGAUUGUGUUCAGAUUUCAAGGAGAGGGUCUCUUAUUUCAUGACUGCAUACAUCGUUCAAUAUGUCAGUGUGUAAAUGCAUGAUAAUAAAGCACAAAAAUUAUAUUAACAAAAAGAAAGUGUGAAAAAGUUGAUAUGAGGCACACUGAAAAAGGUCCUGUGCAUGUGUGUAUAUGUAUUAACCGGAAAAGUUACAAUUAACUUGUUUAAGUGCAGCGGUUGAUAAACAGGUACAACUGUCACCCUAGAACUCCUUUGUUUCAACAGGCAAAACAUAUAUCAUAAAGGCAUAUCCACUUUCAUUUACAGUAUAUGCCAUUAUAAUUUAUGCUAUACAGUCCUGAAUGUAGAUCUAGUACUUAUAAAAUGAAAACAAGUGUGGCGAAUAAAAAUAGAUUAUGACAGAAAUUUAAAACUCAGUCCGUCAGAGUGACGGAUAGAGAUUUUUUGUAACGCAACCUCUGAACAUGAGGCCAUGCAAAAAACACCACUAAAGCAGCAGAUCUCCAUCAAAAAGCUCAAAUGACUGUGAAAGCAAACCAGAUAUAGGCAAAUCGUAAAGGCUGUGUAUGUUAUCUCACUAACUUGAUUGAUCAUCAUUGCAAACUAAUCAAAACGAAAGAACUUAAUAAUUAUAGAAUUUCUUAAAAGAAUAUCUACUGUUGUCUUGUAUAAUAAUUGGAAAUAUAUAUAUAUAUAUAUAUGCCAUGCAUUUUGCACAGCAGCACCACAUCUGGUGGGGCACAGCUCCACCUACCCCUAGAGACACCACUGUUUGUAAUCGAACGGCUCUUAACCGUGCUCAGGUUAAAAUGCUACUGGAACCGUUACUCGCCGUGCUGAGAACCAUUCAGCCCAAUGGUUUUCUUGUGUAUCCUCUAGACUCCAGCCAAAUUUACAGUGGUUUAUAUAAAAUAAUAGUAUGAGCAAGCAAUGUGUGUUCUAGCUGUAUGACUUAACUAUAUAUAAUCAUUGGAAAUAUGGCUCAACUUGACUACAUUUAUUCACAAUAACCAAAAUAUUUGUCAAUGUGUUUGAAGUUCUAGAUAGGGCUAACCAUACUGGCCCUAAAAUCUAAAAACCUUUGGUUCAUUUCUAUACACACUCCAGUAGUUCACGUGUAGCUUAAUGAUGAGCAUAUGUGGGUUUUAUGUUUGAAAUGUAGAGACUGACAGUGAGUUUAGCGAGCUAAGGAAUUUUGGAAAGUUAAAAACUAAGGGUUUCCCUUAGUUUACCACUUUGUGACAAAUUUUUAAUCUCUGUAGACAUUGGGUUUGUAUAUGGAUUCACUAAACUGCUCUGUAAAAAUGGGUGUGUGAUAUUGUAUGUGAUCUUUGUUUAAUUUAGACUUUUAGACUGUAAACCUAAAAUCACACGUCCUUAUUUUUUUUAAUUGGUUAAACUUGUAGAUUAUUCAACAAUAACAUGGGUUUAAGAAAUAUUUGAGCCAAAUAUCUACUAUCUUUUUCUAAGAGCUGUAUCUUCUACAGUGUCUCAAAGCUGAAGUUUGCACAUCAGAGAGACCUUUUGCAGUGCACUGUUAAAGCGUGCCAAAGCAUGAUUUCACCCCAAAAGGUCAUGCAUUGCUCUGAAGUCCUAGCAUUGAGUUACAGGGUGACUGCACCAUUGUAAGCAGAGAAAACGCAACUCCUCAAAGAAUAUGUUGAGCCUUGGUUCCUUUUUUCCAGACCUUGAUAUAAACUGUAUUGAGACACUCACUUUAUUAUUGAAUUAAUGUAUGGAUAGAUUACCAAAACAAGCAAAGCUGUGGACAGAUUCAGUGCCUAAUAAACAAAGCAUGUUAACUUAAUAUCAAAUAACCCUCCACUUUUUUAGCACUACAGUUGUAAAGUAGAAAUAAAAUUCCA